AAUGCAAUAAAUCGAUACUAGGGUCAUAAUUAUGGGUGAAAAUUUCAUGUGACACCGCUAGAAAAAACUGCCGUUCAAACCGGAAAGAUCCUCGCCCUCAACAAAAUGGACGACUACGAAACGGAAUAAAGGCUCAUUGUUCUUCCAAGGAAGGAGAAUAAUUAGAAGGGAGAGGAAAUGACGUCAGGAAAGGACCGGAGGUACGAAAGGCAUGACGUCAGGAAGGCAGGGGUGGAAGACGUCUUUAUUCCUACAGUAUCUGCGAUGAUGCCAUGUCGUGUGCUGGGAAACGGCCGCAGAGUAGAAUAUAAUAUCACAUCAUGUUGACGUUUCUUCAUUCAGAUGUACCUUUGAUAUUUUGAUUGACUUUCAUCAAUUAAAGGAAGACCAUAUAUUCAUAAGGUACAUUCAUCAACGCAUCAACUUCUUUGUAUAAAUAAAAUCUUCGACAUUUACUUGACUUCACUGUCUGGAAUGUUGAGGAGAUGAUCAAUUUACAGGUUAAUUAAGGUUGGAUACCUUUACAAACGAGUUGACAAUUUCCACCUGCUGAUUUAGAUAUUAAUUAAGAUCACAGAAGAAAGAAACACAGCUUCAAAUUCUUUUCUGGAAAUAGUUGCAGAACUGAAAUCAAAGAUGUUUAUAGAGAUGAAGGAAACAUUAUUAUUGUGAUAUGUAAAUUAUUCUCUCAUAAUGAAUAAUUUGACUAAACCUAAACCUCUUGAUACAAGAGAGAAGCCAUAUCAUUGUGAUAUCUGUGGUAAGUCAUUCGGUGAAGAAAGGGUCUUAACCAAACACAAAUGCAUUGAUACAGGAGAGAAAUCACAUCACUGUGAUGUAUGUGGAAGAUCAUUCUCUAAAAGGGUUUCUUUGACUUGUCACGAAUGUAUUCAUACUGGGGAAAAACCACAUCAUUGUGAUAUCUGUGGUAAAUCAUUCUCUCAAAGUGCUUCUUUGACUAAACACAAACGUAUUCAUACUGGGGAAAAACCAUAUCACUGUGAUAUCUGUGGCAAAUUAUUUUCUUGGUCUUGUUCCUUGAAAUCACACAAAUAUACUCAUACAGGAGAGAAGCCAUAUCACUGUGAUAUCUGUGGUAAAUCAUUCUCUCAAAGGGGUAACUUGACUUAUCACAAACGUAUUCAUACUGGGGAAAAACCAUAUCAGUGUGAUAUUUGUGGUAAAUUAUUUUCUAGGUUUGGUCCCUUGAAAUCACACAAACGUGUUCAUACAGGAGAGAAGCCAUAUCACUGUGAUAUUUGUGGUAAAUCAUUCUCUCAAAGGGGUAACUUGACUUAUCACACAUACACACAUACAGGAGAGAAGCCAUUUCAUGGUGAUAUUUGUGAUAAAUCUUUCACUAGCAGUAGUCAAUUAAUUCGUCACAAACGCAUUCAUAUUGGGGAAAAACCACAUCACUGUGACAUCUGUGGUAAGUCAUUCUCUCAAAAUAGUAAUUUAACUAGUCACAAACGUAUUCAUACUGAGGAAAAACCAUAUCAGUGUGAUAUCUGUGGUAAGUCAUUUUCUGAGUCUGGUUCCUUGAUAAGACACAAACGUGUUCAUACAGGAGAGAAACCAUAUCACUGUGAUAUUUGUGGUUGGUCAUUCUCUGAUGGGAGUGCAUUGACUAGACACACAAUCACACAUACAGGAGAGAAGCCAUUUCGUUGUGAUAUUUGUGAUAAAUCGUUUUCCAGAAACAGUGAAUUGAUUUGUCACAAACGCAUUCAUACUGGGGAAAAUCCAUACCAAUGUGAUAUCUGCGGUAAAUCGUUUACCAGAAAUAACACUCUCACUCGUCACAAACGUAUUCAUACUGGGGAAAAACCAUAUCAGUGUGAUAUCUGUGGUAAAUCAUUUUCUGGAAACAGUCUCUUGAUUAGGCACAAACAUAUUCAUACUGGUGAAAAACUAUGUCAUUGUAAUAUCUGUGGUAAAUCAUUCUCUGAAAGUAGUGACUUGCCUAAACACAAAUGUACACAUACAGGAGAGAAGCCAUAUCAUUGUGAUAUUUGUGAUAAAUCAUUCGCUGCAAACAGUGACUUGACUAGACACAAGCACGUUCAUGCUGGUGAAAAACCAUAUCAUUGUGAUAUCUGUGGUAAAUCAUUCUCUCAAAGUGAUGACUUGACUAAGCACAAACCUACACAUAAAAGAGAGAAAGCAUGUCUUUGUAAUAUCUGUGGUAAAUCAUUCACUUGUAACAGUGAAUUAUGUAGCCAUAAACGUAUUCAUACUGGGGAAAAGCCAUAUCACUGUAAUAUCUGUGGUAAAUCAUUCUCUCAGAGUGGUUCUUUGACUUAUCACAAACGUAUUCAUACUGGGGAAAAACCAUAUCACUGUAAUGUCUGUGGUAAAUCAUUUGCUAACAAUAGUCUCUUGAUUAUUCACAAACGUAUUCAUACCAGGGAAAAACCAUAUCAGUGUGAUAUCUGUGGUAAAUUAUUUUCUCAGUCUGGUAACUUGAAACCACACAAACGUGUUCAUACAGGAGAGAAACCAUAUCACUGUGAUAUUUGUGGUAGGCCAUUCUCUCACAGUAAUGCCUUGAUUAAACACACAUUCACACAUACAGGAGAGAAGCCUUUUCAUUGUAAUAUCUGUGAUAAAUCGUUCACUAGAAAUAGUCAAUUGACUUGUCACAAACGCAUUCAUACUGGGGAAAAUCCAUACCAGUGUGAUACCUGUGGUAAAUCAUUUUCCAGUUAUAACGCUGUCACUCGUCACAAACAUAUUCAUACUGGGGAAAAACCAUAUCAUUGUGAUAUCUGUGGUAAAUCAUUUUCUCAAAGUGGUGCUUUGACUUAUCACAAACGCAUUCAUACUGGGGAAAAUCCAUACCAAUGUGAUAUCUGCGGUAAAUCGUUUACCAGAAAUAACACUCUCACUCGUCACAAACGUAUUCAUAAUGGGGAAAAACCAUAUCAUUGUGAUAUCUGUGGUAAAUCAUUCUCUCAAAGUGGCGACAUAAUUAAACAUAAACGUACUCAUACAGGAGAGAAGCCAUAUCAAUGUAAUAUCUGUGGUAGAUCAUUUUCUGGAAGUAGCGACUUGAUUAAACACAAACGUAUUCAUACAGGAGAGAAGCCGUAUCAUUGUAAUAUCUGUGGUAAAUCAUUUGCUGACAGUAGCAAUUUAAAUUAUCACAAACGUGUUCAUACUGGAGAGAGGCCAUAUCAUUGCAAUAUCUGUGGUAAAUCAUUCUCUCAAAAUAGUACUUUAACUACUCACAAAUGUAUUCACACUGGGGAAAAACCAUAUCAGUGUGAUAUCUGUGGUAAAUCAUUUUCUGGAAGUAGUGACGUGAUUAAACACAAACGUACUCAUACAGGCGAGAAGCCAUAUCAUUGUAGUAUCUGUGGUAAAUCAUUUUUUGAAAGUAGUAGUUUAAGUAGUCACAAACGUAUUCAUACAGGAGAGAAGCCAUAUCGUUGUAAUAUCUGUGGUAAAUCAUUCUCCCGAAAUGAGGGCUUGUCUAAUCACAUACGUACCCAUACGGGGAAGAAGCCACAUGAUUGUGAUAUCUGGUGAAUCAUUCUCUAGCAAUAGUAACAAGCCUAUUCAUACUGGGGGAAAAAACCAUAUCAGUGUGAUAUCUGUGGUAAACCAUUCUCGGCAAAUGGCCUCUUAAGUACACGUGUGAGUAUUCAUACACAAGUGUAACCGUAUCAGUAUUAAAAUUUAUUACACCAUGACAACAAUUAUGAAUAUUUUGUCUGCUAAAAGUCAGGGUUCAUUCCUCUUCAAGCUUGACAUUAUCAACUUCAGUUUCUUGGAUGUCAACAUGAAAUUCAUGAAUCACAACUUCAAUAUCAUUUAUAUAUCUAAAUAUAUCAACACAGAGAUGACUUUGGUUUCUGAAGAGGAUUGUGCUGGAUUUUUGAGGAAUUUGUUAUGAGG